CGACAACGCUCGUCCUCAUCAUCACGAGACCGCUCAUUAUCACCACAAGGGUCUCGACCCGUAGUACGAGAAAACUCUUUAUCCGCACCGCGGCGACCUCGAUCCUCAUUACGACAACGUUCGCCCUCAUCACCACGAGACCGCUCAUUAUCACCACCACAAGGACCUCGGUCUUUAGUAAAAGAAAACUCUUUCUCAGCACAGCGGCGACCUCGAUCCUCAUCACGACAGCGGUGGCCCUCACUAACACGAGACGGCUCAUUAUCACCACAAGGACCUCGGCUCUUAGCACAAGAACACCCAUUCUCAGCACAACGACCUCGAUUCGCAGCUCAAAUACCCUCAUUAGCAACAUCACCAGGAGGGUCAAAGAAAGUAAUAGCUGCAACUGUUAAUAAAGGAACAAUUCAAGUUGUGACAGGUGAUAUAACAACAGAAAAAGUGGAUGCUAUUAUCGGAAGCUCAUCAUCAAAAAUUUUAAAAGAUGCAAUUAUAAAAGUAGCUGGCGAUGAAGUUAAGGCUUCAUAUGAUACCCAACACGAAAACAAUCCAAAUUCUAUAUUAAUUUCAACGCCAUCAGGAACUGCGUAUGGUUUUGGUGUUUAUUUUUCAUCAGAUGCAGCUUAUAGUCAUGAUUAUGCAAAACCAAAUGUCAAUGGAGAACGUCAUAUGUUUUUGGCACGAGUUCUAGUUGGAAAUACAACUAAAGGUAAUAGUUCAAUGAAGAUUUGCCCUGCUGGAUUCGAUUCAACUACUGAUGGUAAACAUAUUUUUGUCACUUAUCAUGAUGCUCAAGCUUAUGCUGAAUACUUAAUUACUUAUACAUAG